CCUUGAUCUAGUUCAUGGAUUGGGAUAUAUUAACUCCGUCUCAACCGGCAAGGCUUUCGAUAAACAGAAAGUCAGGUCGCUGGAACAAUGAGGAAGGAUGGAAAGCAUAUUUUCCUGAAGAAGCGGAUACAGAGUUAAUGGACUCAGACGCUCAUAGAACAAAGGUCGAGGGACGAAAAACCAUAGUAGAGACUUUCUAUCAAUUUUUUGAGAAUGAAGGAAUCGGAUUGCUCCAAAAAGCAGUCGAAGGAAAAAAAACUGGAACUUUCGUAUCUUCGAUAUUCUUUGACUAUCGAGCUUUUAAGGAAUGCUGCCCAAUAUCAGACUUGGAGAAUGCAAUAUGUAAUAUACCAGAAGAAACUAUUCCGUGCCUAAGCCUUGCUGCUAUAAGAUUUCUAGAGCACUUAUCGGACCAAAUAGAACAACAAGGCAUAAACGAAACUCUCGCUUUUCAAUAUUCUCACACAUUUUUGGAGGUCCUCAAGUCUAUACCUCCAGUAAAUCCUGGCGCCAGACCGUGGGUCCGUUUCUACAAUUUGGAGCAUUUGACCCCUCUGAAGGACUUGAAAGCAGCAUUUGUGGGAAAACUAGUGUCUGUCACGGGAACUGUCAUCCGUGUCAGUAAUAUUCGACAGCAAGUUCUUGCGAUGCCGUUCACUUGUUGUCGAUGCGGAAAUGAAAUUAUGAAAUAUCUCCCGGACUAUAAAUACUGUGUGCCUCACAAGUGCAUAUCUGAUGCAUGCAAAUCGAAAUCGUUCAAACCUGUUAGAAACAACGCACUCACAGUCGAUUGGCAGAAAAUCCGUAUUCAGGAAGCGGGAAACGAGACUAAAUCCAAAGAAGCUGGAAGAAUGCCAAGAAUGAUAGAUAUAGAACUUACUGGAGAUCUCAUUGAUAGCUGUCACCCUGGAGAUGUUGUCUCAGUUUGUGGUGUUAUAAAGGUUCUGCCAGUUUCAGGAGAGAAUGGAAACAGAAAUGAGCAGACUCAAAAAAGUUUGCACCAUCUUUAUAUUGAUGCUAAUUCCGUCAUAAAGGGAUCAAAGGGUUUCUCAACUGAAGAAAACAUAAAUAUGAUGAAGCCUCUCAGGUUCCGCCGUGAAGACAUAGCUGUCUUUAAGAAAAUUGCUCAAGAGGACGAUGCGUUUUCAAUCAUUGUGAAAUCUUUGUGCCCUUCUAUAUAUGGAAAUGAUAUUAUAAAAGCUGGUUUAACACUCAUUCUCUUCGGUGGUCAGUCCAAGAAAGAGUCCAACUAUCAGGACAACCAGCAGAUUCGCUCCGAUCUCCACUGCCUCCUAGUAGGUGAUCCAGGUUUAGGAAAAUCCCAAAUGCUCAAAUCUAUCUGCGACUUGUCUCCAAGAGGGGUGUAUGUUUCAGGAAACAGCAGUUCAGCCGCUGGAUUAACUGUGACAGUUGUAAAAGAACAAGGAUCCGGAGAUUACUCCCUUGAAGCCGGUGCUUUGGUUCUAGGAGACCAGGGAAUUUGCUGCGUGGACGAGUUCGACAAGAUGAGAAACGAACACCAAGCAUUAUUAGAAACUAUGGAACAACAGAGAGUUUCAAUAGCAAAGGCAGGAAUUCUUUGCAGUUUAUCAGCUCGGACAAGUGUUAUCGCAGCUGCGAAUCCCUGCAAGGGUCAUUACGAUAGCUCCAAAACUAUUUCUGACAAUCUAAGGAUGUCUCCUCAGUUGCUUUCCCGCUUCGAUCUCAUCUUUUUAAUGCUUGACAAGCCUCAUGAGAGUAAAGAUCGGCAACUUGCAGAAUACGUGACUUCAAUGCAUUUAAAACUAUCCCAGAAACCUUCGGACACAAGAAGAAGCUGUGGAGAAACAGGAAGCCAGUUGAAACUGACAAACUCAGAACUCAGUCUAACAACGCGACUCGAGAAGACAAUACCAAAGGAAAAACUACUUCCUCAUAGUAUAUUUCGGCGCUACGUUAGCUUUGCAAAAAGUACCAUACAACCGGUAAAUCACUACAAUUUUGAGUGAAAUUCUUCAACUGACUGUAGUUACAGCGGCUAAAUAGCUCGG